GCGAUCGUUGUUAAUGGUGGAAAACAAGUAGUAUCUGCGGACAGUGGUGGCCUGCUCAAAAUAUGGGAUAUUGCUGCUAGCGAGUGCAUCAGCACAGUAGAAGCACACGACGACAAGAUAUGGGCGUUGCAAGCAUCGAACAAUGAAAGCCGAUUUGUCACCGCAAGCGGCGAUGGGCGGAUCAGAAUAUGGGAGGAUGUGUCACAGAAAAAACGUGACGAAGAAGCGCGCAGUCAAGCCGAAAAGGCAAGAAAUGAGCAGAUCCUCUCGAACCUCAUGGAUCAAAAGCGUUACAGCGAAGCUUUGGGAUUCUCCUUAACGCUUUCCAGGCCAUACAGGUAA